AUGGGGACAAGAGGUCAGUCAAGUGCCAUGGGCCGAGAAGCAAGAGACCCAAGGCUUGAUGCAGUUAUUCAGACAUUGCAAGAAAUAGGGAAUUUGAUGGGAAGGCAGGCUCAAGAGAGGGCCGCCAAUAUCGCCCAAGCUACUGAAGCCGCAACGACUGCUGCUGUUAAUGGUAAUCAGGCCAAUCAAGGGCAGGCUCAGUUAAAGCCGCCGAAGUUCGACGGAAAGGGCGACCCCGAGGCUGCGCCGCGUUGGGUUGAGGAGCUGGAGAAGGCAUUCGAAGUUCUGGGGUGCACCGAAGCUGAAAAGGUGACCUUAGCGGUGUAUCUGUUGCAAGAUAAUGCUAAUGACUGGUGGAAGGCCACCAGGGGAAGAGUAUUUCCCGAGGGUACCGCCCAGACUUGGGCCGUGUUUUCCGAGAACUUCUAUGGAAAAUUCUUCUCUGAGAGUGCUAAGGAAAGGAAACUAGCAGAAUUUAUGAGACUCCAUCAAGGACAGAUGACUGUAGACCAGUAUGAGGCAGAAUUUGCUAGGCUGUCUAAGUUUGCGCCAAGGAUGAUAGAUCAUCCUGAGGACAAGGCGUGA